AUGUAUGAUAAAAGGAUUUCUCAACGAAAAAAUUAUUUGAAACCAAUACCUCAAAAAGGAAAAGUUACUAAAAUACCUUUAAGACAAAAUUUUUGUCGUAAAGGUUAUAAACGUACGCAACAGGAUGUCGUAGAACAUCAAUCUAAAAAUGAGCAUACACAAGUUGUUGAACGUCAAUCUGAGAAUGAGCAACUGGCCUUUGAAUAUCAAUCUGAUUGGAGUGAGUUAGAUACAGGAUCUGAUUACGAUGAUGAUAUUUAUUGGGAAUAUUAUGAUUAG